CGCAGUUGCAGAUGCAGAGUGAUGUGAGUACAGCUUGCCGUUGAUAGAUACGUAAAUACGAACUGAAGAAGAUCUAAGUGAAGAUAAAGAAUGCGCAUGCGCCGUCAAUGUCAAACCGCGAGUGUUAACGAGGCAACUCGUGAUUGCGAGGACAAAAAAAAUUGUGUGGUUCUGUUCUCUCGAACAUCCAAGCCGAGGCAUCCUACUCUAUCCUAUCCUAUCCUAUCCUACCUGGCCCUUCUACCGAAGGCAGUACCGAAGAAACAUGAAGCAUUGGGUAGUCAUUGGAACCACAAGAAUAACAGAUUUUCACAUCGUGCUCACUCUUUCGUCCUCUAUGAUUUUUGGUUUGCGUUUGCUGUAGUUGAAGCACGCAGAGACCGAGUAAGACCCAUGAAGGAUGGUACACCGUCUUUGUAUUUUUCAGUCACAAGAAUAAAGAAAAAGAUAAAGAUGAUAAUGUCAAUUUUCUGCAGGCGAGGGAGCGCCUGA